AUGGCCGCCGCUAACAGCUCUUACCUGCUUUGGAAAAAGUCGUUGAUUUAUGGGGGUGGAAUCAUCGGCACUGGAGUUCUGCUCUACAAGUUCACGACUCCAACUGAGGAGCAACUUAUCGCCAGACUUUCUCCAGAGUUGAGACAGGAAUAUGAACAGAACAAAAGUCUUCGUAGGAAAGAGCAGGAAGAACUAAUGAAAAUUGUCAGAGAAACAUCAAAGUCUAAUGAUCCCAUAUGGAAAACGGGACCUUUAACUCCCUCAUGGGAAUCGUCUGCCACCGGUCCAACAGACCGACUUCCAAAGGGCAAAGAACUACUGGUCGCCAAGCAAGCCUUCGAAAAGAGUCAAGCAGAGGAAAAACAGAAAGAGGAACUAAGAUUGCUGAAGAAACAGGUUGAAGAAACGUCUCAGCUUGAAUCCAGCAAGGGAAGCAAAUGGAAAUUCUGGUGA